AGAUGUUUUAGUUAAAUCUAAAUAAACGAGAUUUCAAAUUGGAUGCGUGCGUGUGUUUUCCUUGACUGGGAAGCUCUUCUCCUUGAUGGAGCGAGUGAGUGCUUAGGGCAAAAUAUGGUUUUGAGUCGUGAAAAAGAUACUAAUUUUCUUUGAAGAUGGUUGAUCUCCACAUGCAAUGAAUCCAUCACUGGUUAUCGUAGUUCCCGCGAAUUUCCAUUCGUAUUCUUCCUCGAAUUCAGGUGAAGAGCUGAGGGCACUGUUCGGCGGCGGAAACUCCUGAAGCUUUCGGAACCUGUUCUUCGUGAAUCUCCACUGUGUCCUUUUCGGAUUUCUACCGAUUUAUCGAAGUGUCAUUGUGUUAUAAGAUCUGGGGUUUUCUGGGUCUGCAGAUUUUAGGGUUUUGCCGGUGAGGAUUCGCUCGAAUGCGGAUGGGGUCCUGUUUCUAGUGAUCUUGAUUUAUGGAAGAAGGGAUGACCAUUAAUGAAAGGGCCCGGAAGGCUAUUAUGACAGCAGGGAUGUUAGGUAUUCCACCAGAAAAGGCAAAGCGAGCGCUUAGGCAGCUGUUGCGAGUUUUUGAUAGGAAAUGGGAGCCGAUUGAAGAAGAGAACUAUCGAGCGCUAAUAGACGCAUGCUUUUACGACGAGGAUGAAAAGGAAACAGGUAAGAAAGAAUCCGUCAUUGAAGUGAACGAGGACAGCAAAAGCCCCGUUAAGAAGCCAAACACUGGAGGACAGCAAGGUGGACAGAAUGAAGGUUCCCCUAAUGGUAAUAGAGGGAAGAAUGUGAUGGUAAUAGACCGUUCUACUUCUUCUGCUUCGUCCUCUCAGGCUGUCCAAAGGCAGCAACAGAUUGUCGGGAGUGAUCGAAAGAGGAGGUUCAAGAACAUAGGGGACAUAUCUAAAGGAACAGAGAAAGUGGCUAUCUCUUUGGUUGACGAGGUCGGGAAUGAGGAUGUGCCCUCAUUUACCUACAUUCCUCAGAACAUUGUAUACCAAAAUGCCUAUGUGCAUAUAUCUUUGGCUCGGAUUUCUGAUGAAGAUUGCUGUGGAAGCUGUGAGGGAGAUUGUCUCUCAGCUAUGGUUCCAUGUUCUUGUGCUCGAGAAACGGGUGGAGAAUAUGCAUAUACCAAAGACGCAUUGCUGAAGGAGGAAUUUCUGGACACAUGUAUCCGAAUGAAAAAGGAACCUGAGAAGUUUGAGCAUACAUAUUGCCAAGACUGCCCUCUGGAAAGAGAUGCAAAUGAGGAGAAACCCGGAAAAUGCAAUGGUCACUUGAUCAGGAAGUUCAUUAAAGAGUGCUGGAGAAAAUGUGGAUGCCAUAUGUUGUGUGGAAACCGGGUAGUACAGCGAGGGAUAAGGUGCAGAUUGCAGGUCUUCUUGACCCAGGAGGGAAAAGGAUGGGGUCUGAGAACAUUGCAAGAUAUGCCUAAAGGAAGCUUUGUUUGUGAAUAUGUUGGUGAAAUACUGACCAACACAGAGUUGUACGAGCGGAAUAUAAGUUCUAGUAGCGAGAGACAUACUUAUCCAGUGACCCUAGAUGCAGAUUGGGGUUCUGAGAAGGAACUGAAGGACGAAGAAGCUCUCUGCCUUGAUGCCACAUUAUGUGGAAAUGUCGCAAGGUUUAUAAAUCACAGAUGCAAUGAUGCAAGUAUGAUUGACAUUCCGGUAGAAAUAGAAACUCCUGAUAGGCACUAUUAUCAUAUUGCCUUUUUUACUACAAGGGACGUGAAGGCCAUGGAGGAGCUAACUUGGGAUUAUCUGAUAGACUUCAGUGACCACAGUCAUCCAGUGAAAGCAUUUCGAUGUUGCUGCGGAAGCAAAUCUUGCAGAGACGUAAAACGAAAGGGAUCUCGAGAGAAGACCUCUGUAAGAAGAACCAUGGUUUCUGCUCAGAAACAACCAGCUGCAGAGACGAGAUCAGUGACUGUAAAGAGAGGAUGAGAAGUGCUUGGCAUCUUUUAGUCGGAAACACAACACAACUGAAGAUUAGUGACUGAGUAACACUAGAGAACAUUCCUGGACAAUCAUGAAGAAGAAGAAGAAGAAGUAGAAGACAGAUUUUGCACGCAGACUUCUAACAAAUCUUUUGGAGGAUUGAUUUCGGAAAAGAGAAGAAAAAAAAUUUGAAAAUGAUUUGUUUUUGGUACAUUAAGAGGUUUCCUUCUCAGGGCCUAAACAAUGCAAAAUUGAUUGCUUCUUCGUACAUUGCAUCCUUUAUGCGUUUUAAUCGAAAUCACCCCUUUCAAAUUUCAA